AACUUUUUUCUACUUCCUCCUCCCUAGAAUCAGUGGUGAGAAGCUGCUCAUACCUACUGCUUUUCAGUUUGAGUAUUACUCAACGUUUCACGUUCUAGAGGAACACAAAGACUAUAGGAAAAGCUAACAUUUCUGUUAACAGAAAGAUCUAAAAUGGUGAAUGUUCCCGAACUGCUGCUGCUGAGUUUUCAGCACCUGGAUUCAGGCGAGCUGGAGACAUUUCAGUGGUACUUAAAGGGGCAUGUGUUGGAUGGAUUUCCUAGCAUCCCAAAGAGCCAGCUGGAGAAUGCUAACAGACAGGUCACCGUGGAUAAGAUGGUGGAGAGUUACAGCGAUGAGGGAGCUGUGCAAAUCACACUGGAUAUCCUGAGGAAAAUGAGGCUGAACAAUCUCGCAGAAAAUUUUGAGAAGAACUACAAAGCAGCAAUCUCUCGGAAGCGGUUAUGGAAGCAGGCUGAGAGGGAUGAACUGAAUGAGGAGGUACCAAGCGGCUCAUAUGAACUUUCAUCUGUGUCUGAUAGGAAGCGUGGUCGUCUGAUGUCUGUGACCUCUAGGCUGGGGGAAGAGCUGGAGGAUCUGGGCAAGAAGACACAGGCUGAGUGGGAUGAGCUGAUCAGAGACUCAUCUGGAAUGUUGGCCCCGUCUAGGGUGGAGCAUAAUCAACUGGAGAUCACUAGGCUGAAGGAGAAGCAGAAGGAACUGAUCAUGAAGGAAACCCAGCUUGUUGAGUGUAUGAUAGUGGUUGUUCUGCAGCGACUUAAUGAAGUAAAGCUGCAACAGUUUCAGUGGCACCUGACUAAGGGGAAGUUGGAAGUCUUCGAUCCCAUCCCAAAGGACCAGCUGAAGAGAGGUGACAGGAAAGACACAGUGGAUAAGAUGGUGGACAAGUACAGUCCUGACGGAGCUGUGGGAAUCACAGUAAAGAUUCUGAGAAAGAUUAAGCUAAACGAUCUCGCUGUUGAGUUAGAAAAUAACUACAGAGAAGCGGAGGGAGCAAAAGGACAUGUUAAUGGGGAAAGUCGAUUCCUCCACUCAAACUCUGGCCACCUCUCCAACUCACCAGAAUGGAUGCCGCCAAUCUAAUGUUUAUGGAAAUAAGAGCUUUGGUGUAAAUUUAAAAAAAAUUUUUUAAACGUUUUGUUUAUUUAUAUUGAAUAAUUCUGUGUUUUACAAGACAGACGAAGAGCAUUACAUUUCCUCAGUUAAGAAUUUAGGUUAUCAAGGCAACAUCUUAUCACACAAUCUUAUGAGCUGAUAUGGUGUCUGUUGGACACCAUUGGACAUAAAUAAGCACAACAUUUUUUAUGAAGAUGUACAUACACCAUUUACUGGCAGUAAAAGUGUCGCAUAAGUAAAUCAUUUAAUUAUUUCUCAGUGUUUUAGAAUGAGUUACUUGUUAUAUGUGUGCCAGAUGCCACCAAUCAUCUCUGAUUCUCUGCUGGGCGCGCAAUGUCAAGUGCGGAAUAUUUAGUGUGGACUCGUUCAAAUAAUCCAUAGCCUAUACGAAGUGCAUGCUCGGAGAAGCACAAAUUAUAUUUCUAAGAAAAUGUACUUCCUAAAUAUGAUAGGCUAUUUACGUUGACUGGAAAUAAGUAUUGAUUGGCUACAUUAAUUUGUCUAUGUCAGAUGUGUGCGUACUGGUAGUGAAGUACUGGUAGUAAAACAAAUGGAUACAUGAAAAAUGGAGGAGCCGCCUGUGAAUCGUAGGUUACUCCUCCUGGAUGUUAUGCAAAACUUUGCAAGUCAAGGGAACAUUUUCAGACAAUCUAUGUGCACAAAUGUGGAAUUAAAUGUUGAUGGAAUCGGGGCUAGUUGUCUGUCCCAGUGCCAUUUGACAAACCCUGUUUUAUAUAAGAAUUCUCAUUUUAUUUUCAUGCUAGCACCAAGAGAUCAACCCGGAAGGUUGUAGGCUAUAACGGAUAAGGAGAGUGAGGUUGUCUGCUGUGGUCUGUGAGCCCACAACCUUCCGGGCUGCAGCCCUGUGCGCUAUCAAAAGUGCUACUGUAAUCCUUGAAAGUACUGUUUGCUUUUAAGAUAAUUAAAGGGUUCAAUUGGGCUGUGCACUCCUAAUAACCUCAAUGUCUUAAUAUGUAUUACUGUAGUAACCACACUCAUGAAAUAGUAUGAAUUAUCCUUUUAUAUGAUUUUCUUUCAGGAGUAAAAUGAUUUCAAUAAUGA